AUGGCCUCUUUGGUGUUGCUCUCCCUGUUUUAUUCGCCGCGUUUGCUCGUUGAGGCAUGUACAGACAUACUCGUGACACCCGGCGCGUCGGUGGACGGAUCCGCCAUUAUAGCCUACAACGCGGAUUCUCCCACCUUGUAUGGAGUACUGUACCAUUAUCCACCUUCGAAAAAUGCCCCCGGAACAGAACGACACGUAUACGACUGGGAUUCCGGUGUGUAUUUGGGAAAAAUUGAAGAGGCAGAAGAAACAUACAAUGUGAUUGGCAACAGCAACGAGCAUGGGUUAGUGAUUGGAGAGUCAACGUUUGGCGGUGUUUCCGUGCUAGCGUGGAAUCAAACGGGUGCCAUUAUUGACUACGGGUCCCUCAUUUACUUGACCUUGCAAAGAGCAACGACGGCGAGAGCAGCCAUUGCCGUGAUGGUUGAUUUAAUGGAUACAUACGGGUACUACUCUGGGGGUGAGUCCUUUUCCCUUAUGGAUCGAUCGGGCGAAGUCUGGAUAAUGGAGGUUAUCGGUCGAGGCAACGAUUUCGGAAAGAAGGGAGCUGUUUGGGUCGCACAAAGAAUCCCCGAUGGAGCGGUGGCGGCACACGCAAAUCAGGCCCGAAUUACAACCUUUCCUCGCAACGAUCCGGAUAAUUUUCUAUUUGCCGAAGAUGUAGUUGAAGUCGCAAUCUUUUAUGGUCUCUUUUCGGCAAGUGCGGAUCCGGGAAGCUUCUCUUUUUCCGAUGUAUACGAUCCAAUCACUUUCAUCGAAGCCAGACAAGGUGAGGCGCGGGUUUGGUCCAUCUUUUCAGCCAUUGCGGACAAAACCGGUGAAUUUCAGCGGAAUUAUCUCUCGUAUGCACUCGGAGAAGAGACAGAUCAUAGAAUGCCGCUGUAUAUUAUACCAUGCGAAAAGCUCUCCGUCAUGGACGUGAUGCAUCUCAUGACUUCGCAUUACGAAGAAACGCCGCUCGACUCUUCAGUAGACGUCGGUAGCGGACUCUUCGAGACGCCGUACCGUCCACGUCCCCUUGUGUGGGAAUUCAACGGUACCAAGUACCACAACGAACGCAGUAUUGCCACUGCCAAGACAGGUUGGAGCUUUGUUGCGCAAGCUCGUCCUUGGAUGCCGCCAGAGCUGGCGGCUGUAUCCUGGUUUGCCUGUGAUGACUCGAGUACGGCUCCGCGGGUGCCCGUUUACGGGUCGAGUAAAGCUGUUUCCGCAGCAUAUGCGGGGCAAGGCUCACAGGAUGGAGUCUUCUCUCCCUUGCUGACAUUUGAUUUAACCAAGGCCUUUUGGGUUCAAAACAUGGUUUCAAACUUUUGCUAUUACCGUUACAAGGAUGUCUACCCCAUGGUGCGCCGUAAGAUCACUUCAAUUCAGCGUGAGUUCAAUGAGAUGAUGGUGACUGCGGACGAACGCGCCCUCACACUUUACAAUGAGAUGGGUCCCGACAAGGCGAUCGAUUUCGUGACGUUGUUCAGCGUGAAUGCAGGAAACUCGCUGCAUAAAGAGUGGAUGGAAUUUUAUGGUUAUCUUUUUGCCCGCUUCCGAGAUUUUUACACGAUUACUGCAAAAGGGGACGAGCCUGUUUGUGGCUGCGUGGCACAGGAGCCAGGUCUUUCCGAGUCUGUGAAAAAGCGGAUAGUCGCAGAAACUGGCAACCACUACAAAGUCUUGGACAAUGGCGGUGAUCACCCAGACGUUGUCAGCGGAGAAAGCCCUCGCCAUAAGAGAGAUACGAGCCCAAAAUAUACGACAAUGGAAAGUUGA